AUGGAGGUCGAAUGUGGAGCGAGCGGUGCGGAGUCUGGCGACAGGAGCCGAGUGGGGAUCGCUGUUCCCAGUUCCAGCGGCCAUCGGAGACCUUCCUGCGAUAAAUCAUCUCCGGUCCCGGCCGAUCUCGUAAACGGGUGGUUACUCUCCUUCUCGCAUUAUGUGGCCCUUUACGCCAUGCUAGUGGCUCGCUUGGGGACUCGGUGCGACUGCCGAAAGCUCAGAGCAAAGUCGGAGGUUGUACGUCGACGCAGCGUGAGCAUCGCUCAGAAGUGCCAAAGCAGUCUUUUGCCGAUCAUGGUGGCUGAACCAGUGUCGGACGCAAAUCAACGUUUGGCCAGUACCCCCUUGCUCACGCUUCCGGAUAUUAAGAGUAAAUGGCAUGGGGGAAAAAGAACGAAUAAUGGGGCCUAUAUUCAACUCUUUUAUCUCCAUUGUGCUGGCUUGGAGUUCUUCAUCGAACAGCUUAUACGCACUGCACAACUUUUUCAGGACUUCUCUCUCAACAUGGGCAGUUCUCUAACCAGUUCCCUUAUGUCUCCCCCAGCCAACUUCAUAUACUCCGGCCUUAUGGAGGUGGAACGGCCAAAAAGGAAACGCUCCCAACUCCUUGCAAAACGGAAUAAAGCUGUCAAAUCGCAGAUGAUAAAUGAGUCUCUCUUUGGGAUGGAAUUGGAACAACACUCAAAGACCACCUUCGAACAGUCGCCCAAUCUUGAUUCCGGAGCAAGUCGCCUGGAGCUGUCCUUGUGUUCUCACGAAACCCCUGGCCCCUCAACUGACCCCUCCUCCAACUUCACACCGCACUCGGAAAAAAAGCGCCCGUUUACCUCGCUUCUUGGGCAGCUCCCCUCCCACCAAGUCCCUACCACUGCACCCGUCAAAUCACCCUUCAGGGCUUUUCCCGAGGACCCAGAAGUCACUGCGUCAAAGUUAUCCCCAAAAGCUAGCCAAAAAGUGGCCAUCGAAGAAUCUCAGUGCAAGAGUUCUCAGCCUACUGUCUCUUUGCGCACAGACAGUAAGAAGGUAGCUGAGACGGACUUAGAGUGUUUCGAAAAGCUGGCGAAGGAUACACAAACAAUCAGAGAGCUCAUCAUGGAGAUCUACGCCUCCGUGCCGAUGAAUCCCUGGGCCAUUCUACCCAGUCAGAGAAAGCGACGCAGACGUGCCAAUCAGCAGCGAGUGGGCAGUCUUGCUGGUUGCACCUCCAGCCCCAUCCCCAGUCCUGAGUGCACGGCAGAUACUGAGGUGUGCGCUGAAGGUAGGCCGAGUGACUCCGAGGGCCCUGCAGAUGAGGACUACGACGAGGACGAGGAGGACUGCGAGGACGGCUGGCUCCAGGAGAACAGUGAUUUCUUUAUGCGUCGAGGCAUCCAGAAGAUCUGGGACUCAUAUGCGAUGCGCGACGUCCGAGCCCAUUCCGAAGCCCUUGACAACAGCGGACGGAGACGUUCUCAAUGUAACCGAACUAUGCACAGAGUGGAGAGCGUAACAAGCGGACGUGUCCUGGGGGCCACUGCCGGCAGCGCCUCAGGUCUGAGGAUAGAGGCGGAUUUUGAGGUCAAGGACCAGGAAGACCAUGAGACCCUGUCGAGCAAACGACUUCGCCGGAAACAGUACAUCUGUCUGAGCCUAAUCAUUUUCUUCUCCAUUGCCCUCUUUGGGUCUGCUCUAGGCGCCUGUAUCUACCUUUUCUCCUAA